AUGUCAAUCACAGACAAACCCUCCUCUACAAUUAAUAUCAAACACGCAGUCCCAUUCUUUCUAGAUUUGGAUCAAAUGAAUUACGAUAUUUGGCGAGAACUAUUCGAAAUUCACUGUAUCGGGUAUGGUGUCGAUGAUCAUCUCAAGUCCUCUGCUCAAAUAACGACUGAAAAAGAAAAAGAAAAAGACAAAGCAACAGAAGAAUCAAUGUCUGCGAAGGAUGCAUGGGUUCGCAAGGACUCUAUCGUAAAAUCAUGGCUAUAUGCCACUCUCUCUAUCCCUCCUCUCAAUAUGAUCUUUAAGAAGCAAACAACAGCUUUUGAAAUAUGGGAAAAUCUUGAAAAAGUUUUUCGAGAUAACAAAGCCUCGAAAAUCAUUCAGCUUGAUCGAGAAUUGAAAAACAUCUCUCUUGGUAACUCUUCCAUCAUAAAAUACUAUAACAAAUCAAAUCCCUUGUUGAUAGAUUAG